UACACCCCGGACGAAGAAGCAUGCGUGAGACGAAAGUUGGAUACCAGGUUAGUGCUCUUCGUAGCACUUCUGUACAUGAUGGCCUUCUUAGACCGCAGCAAUAUAGGCAAUGCCAAAACAGCAGGUCUCAGUCAAGAUCUCAACCUCUCCGACAGCCAAUUCAAGUGGCUGCUGACAGCCUUUUAUAUCACCUAUGUUCUGUUCGAAUGGAUGACUCUCUGCUAUCAGAUCUUCCCGCCCCAUAUCUACAUCAGCACAUGCGUCUGUGUCUGGGGACUUCUUGCUUCCCUCCAAUCUCUCGCAACCACGUUCGGCUUCCUGCUCACUCUUCGAGCACUGCUAGGAAUAGGAGAAGCAGCCUUCGUCGGAAUGCCCAUCUAUCUUUCAUUCUUCUUCCGGCGCGAGGAGCUGGCUUUCCGAACAGGAAUCUUCAUCGCCGCCGCGCCUCUCGCGACCAGUUUUGCCAGCAGUCUGGCCUAUCUCAUUGUACGCUUCGGAAAUCUUGUUCCCAUCGCAAAUUGGCGACUGCUCUUCCUCCUCGAAGGCUUCCCAGCGUGCGUUGUGGCGAUUUGGACAUUCUAUUGGAUCCCAGACUCCCCCAGUACCGCACGUUGGCUAACAGCCCACGAACGCAAGAUUGCCACUGUACGUAUGCGGAAUGAGACACCACACUCCUCCUCCUCCUCCUCCUCCUCCUCCUCCUCCUCCUCCUCAACAUCCCCGAGUAGUCGCAUCCCCCGCCGUGAUCACAAGUUCUCAUGGCCUUCCGUCGUACAAACCCUCUCCGAUCCAAAAUCCUACCUCACAGCCGCCAUGUUCUUCUGCUGCAACGUAGCAUUCUCCAGCAUGCCAGUCUUCCUCCCUUCAAUCCUCCACGCUAUGGGAUCCACUCCUCUCCGCAGCCAACUGCUCUCCGCGCCCCCUAGCCUAUUCGCUUUCAUCACAGUGCUCCUCACCGCCCACCUCUCCGAUCGCUGGAAAACUCGAACCUGGCCCAUGGUCUUUCACGCUCUACUCGCUUCUUCCGGAUAUCUCUUACUCACCGUAGCAGGACAUUUCCAACUCGGCCAGGGAAUACGCUAUGCAGCGACAUUUCCCAUUUGCGCGGGUUUUUUCAGCUGCGUGACGAUUGUCAUUACAUGGACGGUGAAUAAUCAACGCAGCGAUGAGGGAAAGGGGACCGGAGUCGCUGUGCUUAAUGUGAUUGGGCAAAUGGGGCCGUUGGUCGGGACGAGGUUAUAUCCGGACACAGAAGGCCCUUAUUACACACGAGGUAUGGAGGUCUGUGCUGUCAGUAUGGGUGGUGUGGCGGUGUUGACUUUGGUCUUGAGGUGGGUUAUUGGUAGGGAGAAU